UCAGUCAUCUAUGUAUAUAGUAUAGUAUAUGUACAUACAUACGACAUAUGGCAAUAUACGGGUGAACUGUUAUGGCGGUCCGGGAAUGUGUCGAAACGCGUCGAUACAUACAAGUAAAUAUUAAAGUUCGUAUAGCUGACUGAAGUGAAGAGAAACCGUGUUCGCGUCAAGAUAGGCAGUGUUAAUGCACUUACGGUAUUUCGAGAUUUAAGCAGACAUUCGCCGAAGAAGCAGGACGACAGCUAUAUACGACACACGUGUUGCUCCGAAACGACACAAGCGUACUCCAUUAACGACAAUGUCACUCAUUCCGCAGUUUAAUUGUCUAACGACUCUAACGCACAAUGAAACUGCGAGGAAAGCAAUGGAGAGCUACGUUGGAAUCUUGCAAAAAGCAUUUAAACAUUAUCAAAGUAGAUUUAUGGGAAGAUUACAUAAAAUUGCAGGAAAAAUGUGGACAGUGUAAUGGGCAUUCUUCAUCUCAAAUGACGGUUAAGACACCUUGUGUGGAAACAUUGGAUGAAGCAAUAUCCGAACAUUUGAAUAACGCCAAUGUGCAAGAAAGUAGCACUAGCAGCAGUGUCCCAUUACUGGAAUUAGAUACGGUAAAUUCAGAUCUUAUUCAUUUUAAUUACGAUGCGGGAACUGGUUCGUCAGAUGUAAGUGAAUCUCACAAAAAUACCGACGAAAACAAUCCGCCAGUAAGUCCAGUAUUCUCCAGAACAUUUCUAAGGACUGCGGGUAACAAUUUUGCGAAGAAAUUUGUGCGUUCACCUAAAGCGGUAUACGACUCAACCUCAGAUAUGAAUAAGACACAUCGUAGCAUUGAAAACGUUUCUUCAAAGCAUAAUUACAACAAAUUAGAAAUUAGUACAGCACACCAUGUGGAAACCACAUUUUUGCCAAAUGGAAAAAGGUUAAAACAAUCUCGACUUGCAUUUCAUCCAGUCAAGAGUACUGAAAAGAUAUCCUCAACUGUAGACAAACGUAAGGCAGCUGAUAUACCGCGUAAUGUGGAACAUAAGUUUAUCCAAGAUGUUUCUACAACACAUGCUACUACAAAUGCAACAGUUAUUGAAAUCGGUGCUAUAAACAACACUAGUGAAAAUUCCGAAGAUGUGAUAGAAGUCAGUCCUACGCAAAGGAAUGUUACAUCCAAAGUCAGACGAUGUUUAAAACUCAAGAGAAAAAUUCCUAUAAAACAUAUGAAAAAAAAUUCUCCAAGUAAACAUAAAUGUCCUGGUCCUAGUGCUAGUCCAGAGAUAAUAGAUAUAGAUUUCGGGUUACGUCCUUCGCCUAAACGUACUUGUACGCAAAUGGAAGAUGAUGAAUCCUUGAUGAAUACUGCAGUUAAUACGUUGAAAGAUAAAGUUAACACAAGUUAUCUUUCUUCAAUAAGGAUGCGUAACAAAACUGAUAUACAAAUUAAAAAAUCUAUUGAAGCUCAAAAUAAUUUUGCCUGCGAAGACGAAACUUUUUAUCUGCCUGCAGAACAAACUGCAAAUCAAAAUGACAUGGAUAAUUUCAAUUUGGAUGAUACAGAAAACAAACCACCUGAAAAAAAGAUAUUGUCAAAAAGAAAGGCAGACGUUUCAGAGGAGCUUAACAUGCGAUGUAAAGCUGACAGAGCGAAAUUAAAUGGCUGGGAUUGCUGGGAAUGCAGAGAAUAUUAUAAGAGUUUGUCACUACCGAAAGAAGAAUUAGAAAAACGGAGGAAUCAAUGCUCGCGACAUCGAUAUAAAUACGAGCGACCAAAUACACCAGAAGGUUUUUGGAAUCCGGAGUUUCCUGAGACAUUGUCUUCUACUUAUCGACAAAAUUAAAGGUUAAAAUAUUCCAUCAUUUGAAUCUGAUUCUCAAGGCUUCAAUGCGACACUAUAGAGAUAUUAUGGAGUCCUACGACCUUCACAAAGUUAGCACGCCGCCGCAGAGCAAAUUGAAGCUCGACUGGGUUUACGGUUACCGCGGCCGCGAUUGCCGCAGCAAUUUACACCUGCUGUCGACCGGCGAGAUCGUAUAUUUUGUCGCGGCAGUCGUUGUUCUGUACAACAUGGAGAAGCACGGCCAGAAACAUUACCUAGGUCAUACACGGACAAUGUCAAAUGCAUAGCGAUUCAUCCUAACAAAUUGGUUGUCGCCACAGGACAAGUGUGCGGGACAGAUCGUCGGGAUGCUAUUGCCACACAUAAGAAUAUGGAACUCCGUGAGCCUGACGACUCUCAGCGUGAUCGGCAAUUUUUUGUGCGCCGAGACCUUUGAUCACAAUAUAUCGAUCUGGGACUGGCAGAAGAGCGAUCGUGGCACCAAAGUGACCGAAACGAAAUGCUCUGUCGGUAGUUUGCACCGAGUGGCAUCCGCUGGAACGUAACCAGAUCGUCUCCUAUGGAAAAGGACACGUGUCCUUUUGGUCCUUGGAUAACGGCGGCAUGUUGUAUAAACGUAUGGGCAUCUUCGAGAGCAGAGAUAAGCCCAGGUACGUCAGCUGUGUUGCCUUCAAUCAAAACGGCGACGUCCUCACCGGCGACAGCAACGGCAACAUCAUCGUUUGGGCUCGAGGUACUAACACAAUUUCAAGGCUAGUGAGGAAUCUCCGUUCUCCACGAAGGAUCGAUUUUCUCUAUAUAUGUUCUAAAAAAUGGCAACAUUAUUACGGGAGACGGGAAGGACGGUAAGAUUUUGUAUUUUGACGCGUCUUUGAAUCUGACGGGAGAAGAAGCUCAGAUUGAGGAUCAUUUCGGUGGAAUUCGAACGCUCUCGGAAGGAAGGGGCACUCAAUUAUUAAUUGUAUAAUAUAAUUGUAACGUGUUACAAUACACUUUGGUACUUUCUCAUUCUAAAUUGAUUCUGUCCGUUACGAUAAUUUUCAUUCUGCUCAAGUAUCAUUCGAGUAAGAAAAUAAUUGGAUUCCAAAAUAGAAUUUCAUGUAUACUUCAUAUUUGCGCGCAAUAAUCACAUAUUUUAAGUAUUAUUAGUUGAUAAAUAUAACAGUGUUCCAUUUCUCUAAAUAAAGAUGUUAGGAUAAAAAUAAGUAUUAAACGUUUAAAAUGUUUACAAUUAAAUAUAAUGUAUAUGUUAAAAUAUGAAUGAAAGGAAAUAUAAGCGUGUUCAUGGCUUGAACAUAGAUCG